AUGUGGUACAAAGAUAACAUAACUAAUUUAAAUUGCAGUUUUGAAAAUUCACCAGUUCUUUCUGCAAUAGAACCUGUAGAUACUUCAACAUUAUUAGUGCCACUACCUCAAAAAACUUUACUCUUCAAAGUUUGUGUUAUUUUCAAGAACAAAAACUGCUAUAAAUAUUGCUUUGGAAACAAAACCAAUGAAGAAUUAAUUAAGAUACUAAAAGAUUUUAUUGCAGCCAAAUAUGAAAAACAAUCAGAAAGAAAUGAUUAUACUAAUAAUAAUUUAAAAGUGAAUAAUUAUACAGAAGAUCAAUCAAGACAAGAUACUAGCAAUAUAAUUAUUCCUUUACAACUUUACAACAGCACUUAA